UCAGAGGGAUGAAGGAUUCUGUGUGUGAUGCCUGACAUCAUCAUCACUACACUGAUUAUCCGACCACCUCUCUCUCUCUCCCUCCAGAUCCAACACUGCUCCCCUCCCUCCUCCCCUUCCUGGCCGUCUGUCUGGCAAGGCUUUGGUAGGAAGGCGAGGCUGUUGCUGCCGUACGUCUGGCCCAAAGGCACUCCAGCGCUGCAGGUCCUCGUGCUGCUCUGCGUUGGCCUUCUGGCAACAGAGCGACUGGUCAAUGUGCUGGUGCCUGUUUACUCCAAGAACAUUGUGAAUGAGCUCUCCGCAGGAGGUGGCUGGACUUCGCUGAUCGCCACUGUCUGCAUCUACACACUGCUCAAGUUCCUACAAGGAGGCGGUGCAGGCACCUCUGGUUUCAUCAGCAACCUCCGUCAGUUCAUGUGGAUCAAAGUUCAGCAGUUUACCAGCAAAGGUGUUCAGGUGUGUUUGUUUUCCCACCUGCAUGGUUUAUCUCUGCGCUGGCACCUGGACAGACGCACCGGAGACGUGCUGAGGAGCAUCGACAGAGGCACCUCCUCCAUCAACAACCUGCUGAGCUACAUCCUGUUCAGUAUCCUUCCCACCAUCUGUGACAUCAUCAUUGCCAUCAUCUACUUUGUGUCCUACUUCAGUGUCUGGUUUGGACUCAUUGUUUUCACCUGCAUGGUCCUCUACCUCACCUGUACCAUCCUGAUCACAGAGUGGAGGACUAAAUACAGGAGAGAGAUGAACAAUCAAGACAACAGGGCCAAGUCCAGAGCCGUGGACUCACUGCUCAACUUUGAGACGGUCAAAUAUUACAGCGCUGAAGAUUAUGAAGUCCACUGCUUUGAGGAAGCCAUUCUGAAAUAUCAACACUGCGAGUGGAAGAGCUCAGCAUCCCUGGCGCUGCUCAAUCAGACCCAGAACGUCAUCAUCGGAUCAGGACUGCUGGCUGGAUCUCUGCUCUGUGCCUACCUGGUCUCUGAGGGACAGUUCCAGGUUGGAGACUAUGUUCUGUUUGGAACCUACAUCAUCCAGCUGUACACUCCUCUCAACUGGUUUGGGACCUACUACAGGCUGAUCCAGGGAGCAUUUGUCGAUAUGGAGAACAUGCUGGCACUGUUGACAGAGCAGAAAGAGGUGCAGGAUGCUGAGGAUGCACAGAACUUGCAGCUCACAGCAGGUCAGGUGGAGUUUGACAGAGUCUGUUUCAGCUACGUGCCUGGCACUGAGGUCCUCAGGGAUGUGACCUUUACGGUGGAGGCAGGACAGACAGUGGCUUUGGUCGGUCCGUCUGGGUCAGGGAAAAGCUCCAUCCUGCGUCUGUUGUUCAGGUUCUACGACCCCCAGAGAGGCAGCAUCCGCAUCGACGGUCAGGACAUUUCCAAGGUGUACCAGUCCUCUCUGAGGUCCUACAUCGGUGUGGUUCCCCAGGAUACGGUACUGUUCAACGACACCAUCGGCAACAACAUCCGCUACAGUCGUGUUACUGCUGGCAACCAGGAGGUGGAGAGAGCUGCCAUGGCUGCAGACAUACACACCAGGAUACUGGAGCUACCUCAGGGGUACGACACAGAGGUGGGGGAGAGAGGUCUGAAGCUCAGUGGUGGGGAGAAGCAGAGAGUGGCAAUCGCUCGAACCAUCCUGAAAGAGCCUCAGAUCAUUCUGCUAGAUGAGGCCACUUCCUCACUGGACACCCAGACUGAGAGGAACAUCCAGGCUUCACUGGCCAAGGUCUGCACCAACAGGACAACUAUAGUGGUCGCGCACAGGCUGUCCACCAUUGUUGCAGCAGACCAGAUCCUGGUGCUUCACAAUGGACAGAUAGCAGAGAGAGGGAGACACGAGGAGCUGCUGGUCCAGGGAGGUGUGUACGCAGCCAUGUGGAUGAAACAGCAGAAAAGUCUCGACACACAGACAGACACACAGAUGAACAGUCAGACUCAAGACACCUGACAGUGACGUACUGACAUUAACCUAACUAACCUUGUGUCUCUGCGCCUGUCGCUAAAGUCUGGAGCAACAUCCCCAACUGUGAACUGAGGUUACAACUCAAAUAGGAACAGUAGAAAGGGUUCACGACAAUGACAUCACUUUUCUUCAGUUUUGUUAAUGAAGCAUUACUUUCACAGCCAACUGUCUCCCAAGAAUUACCAUCGAUUUUGUAUUUCAGUUUUCACGCAGCAAUGGGAAAAAUAUGGUAAAUGUCGAGGCGUGAGCUUCCUCUGCAGCAGAACAACAUCCAGCGGUCAGAUGUGCCAGUCUUCAGGAGCUGAGGCGAUUAUGUUACUGGGAAUGUUUUGGUAAAAACAUCCUGGAUAGGCUGAAAAUGCAGAUGUCAAAGGUUGCUGUUUGGAGUAAAGCUAUAUGAGCAGCCUGAGGGCCUCUUGGAGGAAGACAGAUGGAGAGUGUGUUUUAGCUGGAACUGUCUUGUUAGCAAUAAAAG